GCAGGGCGGAGGCAGGCGGAGCUGCGGCUGGAGGAAGCGGAAAGGGCCGGUGCAGCAGGCUAAGCUGCCCUUCCGUGCCCGGGCCUGCUCCGCUCCGCUCCGGAGAUGGCCGCUGCCAGGCUGCUGCAGGCGGGGGUACCAAGGUUUCGCUGCCUGGGGUCCCUGGGGAAAGCUGCUCCCAAUACCUCACAGCUCAGCAGUCGACUUUUUGGAACUCUUCUUGCCCCGGAAGCGAAUCAGCAGGUGGACCCCGCUGUUAUUAAUGACAAGCUUAUAACCGAGCCCCUCAGACACCCGGACUUCUUCAACGUGAAGGAGCUCUUCUCCCUGAAAGAGCUCUUUGAUGCCAGAGUGCACUUGGGGCAUAAAAAGGGUUGCCGUCACAGGUUUAUGGAGCCAUAUAUCUUUGGCUGCCGCCUUGAUCAGGACAUUAUAGACUUGGAUCAGACGAUGAAACACCUCCAGCUGGCUCUGAACUUCACAGCCCAUGUCGCCUACCGCAAAGGGAUCAUCCUCUUCAUCAACCGCAACCGUCAGUUCGGCCACCUGGUGGAGGUCACGGCCAAGGACUGCGGGGAGUACGCCCACACCCGCUACUGGCAGGGGGGCCUGCUGACCAAUGCCCAUGUCCAGUACGGGAGCGGGAUUCGCCUGCCCGACCUCCUCAUCUUCAUCAGCACCCUGAACAACGUCUUCGAGCCGCACGUGGCCAUUCGGGAUGCCGCCAAGAUGAACAUCCCCACUGUGGGAGUGGUGGACACUAACUGCAACCCCUCCAUCAUCACGUACCCCAUCCCUGGGAACGACGACAGCCCCCUGGCGGUGGAGCUCUAUUGCAAGCUCUUUAAGACGACCAUUACCCGGGCAAAGAACAAAAGGAAGCAGAUGGAGGUUUUGUAUGGACUGCAAAACAAAGCUGACAGCAAUUAGAUCAGCCUCGUGCUCUUACUAGCCCCAGUGCAAAAUCUGCUAGCUCAUCCAUACCACGAUGGCGUUCAGUACUCAGCAGGUUACCUACCAGGCGUCUUUGACUUGCCGGCAACAUGCAUAGGGCUUGGGAGGGAGGAGGGGAUGGGGUGGGAGCCAGCAUUCCUAGCUCUGUACAGGUCUGAUCCAGCUCCCAUUGAAGGCAGUGGAAAUAUUAACAUGAACUUCAAUGAGAAUUGGAUUGGGUCCUAGAAGAAAGGUCCCUGGCCUACUCCUGAGGAGGAGAUCCCAUGGCGAUGGCAGCCCCCGCUCUGCUGUCACACAUCUGGGCUCAUCUGUGAUUCUUAACUUGCCAAACAAAACAAAAAAAGGUGAGUGGAUUUGUCAAUGAAUAUCAGUCACCUGUGGGAGCCACUUCCCCCCCCCAAAAGGAAUUUCAUCCAGAGCAGCUAGAACUAUGCAAGGCUAAAUACGAUAGGGAUAUCCAGUUUGGUUUGCUUGUAUUUGCCUCUUUUUCAAGGAGGAAUGUGUAAAGCAUCUGUCUUGUGAUUUCUCUCCCCCUCCCUCCUUAAACUUACUGUGAUCUGAAUUUAACUGUUAAAGUUCCCAUCCCCUCUCCUCCCACUUCUCUUCUCCCUAAGAAAAAAUAAAAUAUUCCUUCUUUUGCACAUG